ACCUGACUGCCCACCUGCAGGUGAUUGAAGAUUCUCCACGAACUGUCAUAAUAACUGCUGCACUCUCCCCUCACCCCGGGAUCAAGUAAUUCUUGUCCAAGGACACACCUCUACACUAUAUUCCGCCCGUCGUAUACACACCAAUCCAACACAUGUUCUGAGCAUGAUCUCGUGAGCGAUCUACCUACGUGGCCGGCCUUCGUCAGCUGUGCCGACCCAAUGCCUGCUCGCACGGCGCGAGAGAGGUCAGCGGCAGCGAACUCUUCUCACCAAAAUGGCCACAAAAUCAGCUCCAGCGCUUCCACUACCAGCCUCCGCUCCCUCCUCUCCUCCACCGAUGCUCUUGUGCAGCAGCAGCAGCAGUCACCACCACCACCCCUGCCUCAACCGCAGUGGUCAGACGUCUCCUCCCAUGACCAAUCCUUACCCGCGCUGAAGCCUGUACCUCCUCAGGAUGGUGUACGUCGUGGGAGCCUGAACCCGCCUCAGCUCGUGAUCAACACAUCGACGGUUCAACGACCCGGACUGCAAUUACGGACGACCAGUGCGCCCAUGAUCGCGACCAAUCGGCCAACUACACGCAAUGGCCCACAUUCGGCGCGGAUGACCACACGCGUCAUUGAAGAACACCAGGUCCUCGACACACCAGAUAGCAGCGACAGCAAUGUGCAUAGCGCCCUGACAGAAGAGGAGGAACGUUCGGCCGCGGACAUGAGCAGCGCGAUGAACUCGUUUAGGCUAUUGGAAAGGCUAGAGGUACAGGAUGCGCCGGCCCAAAUCAACAUCGCAGUCUUGAGCGGCGACGGUGUCAACAAAUCGAACUUUGUUGCGCGAGCGCUAGGUCUUCCCAGCUUGCCAACCAAUCGGCCCGCGGAACGGAGGAUUACACACCAACGCCGUCCCUAUCUCGUGCGCCUCCUAGAGAUCGCAUACGGCGACGUCGAUCACGUCGAUCAUAUGGGAGAUGCCGUUGAAGAGCUCACAUGGACGAACCAGGCGGAUCGUAAGGCAAUGCCGCGCAUCGAUGGCGCAUUGGCCUUGUACGACGUGCGAACCCGUGCGAGCGUUGAACAAGUCAAGGAGAUGCUGGUCGUCCUGUCAAAAGAAGCCAUCCCGCUGAUCCUUGUUUCAUCCAAAUGCGAAACGCCUCUCGCAGAGCGCGCCGUCGAUCCAGCUCAGGUGGAGGACGAUUUGACAAGAUCAAUAAACGGAAUCCACACGAUGCGCAUCUCAGACGCGAAUCCCGACAGCUACCGCCGGACGGUACACACCAUACUAGAGUGCAUCGUUGAGAAUCUAUCUGACCGCACACGUAGCACAUCGCAAACGCGCCGCCGCGCGCUGUCUGGUGCAUUGAGGGCCACUUCACCACGGCCGCCUGGUGUGCCUAAUCAUUCACGUGCGAGCUCCGAAUUCACAGGAAGUCAACACAAAGAGCGACGAUAUGCCAAGCAGGACUCAAGUAACGGUGACUACAGCGGCAGCAAGCUGCUCGGUGUACCGAUCGCGCACCCCAAGGAACAGGUCCAAACAACUUUCUUCGAGUCCGGGAGCGAUGAUUCGCCUACAUCUGCGCAAUUCCCUGAAGAUGACGAAGAAAACUUUGGCGAAAGCUCAUCUUCAUUGCCCGAGCAGGGCAUGACAUUUGACGAAUUGAUCGAUCGUCUGCUGGCUCAGCCUUCGUCAAAGACUGACGUCAAAUUUGUCGCCAUCUUCUUGGCAUUAUAUCGACAUUUCGCACCGCCUAGCCGUGUGCUGGACGCCAUCAUCAAACGCUUCGAUGCGCUCGAGGAGGGCAACAGUCCCAGUAUGCUCAAGACGGUCCACCAGAGCCGGUAUAUUGCCGUUCUGGAACAAUGGGCAUCGAACUAUCCCGGUGACUUUGCCUUUCCCCGGACACUGCGUCAUCUCCGCACUUUCGUGCACAGGCUCUCCGAAAUGUCCAUCUUCUCAGCAGCGGCGAAGAUGCUCAGCCACGCCAUGGAAGCGGUUCACGAGGACGACGACACACACUGGGCGUAUUGUGAUCGGGACCGCGAGGACUAUGCCGAUACGCGGCGAAACUCGAGCUCCUCAACAGCGAGCACGCUGAUAGAUGAUCCUUCUUUCUUCACUACUGAGUUGGAUUACAGUGCGACCAUGAAGGAGGUCACCGCACCGGACACUCUGCCACCACCCGCGAAUCACAUUCUCUCCAGUGUGGAAGCCGCUCAGAGACAAUCUGCGCUCCUGCAACCCAUCCCUCGAUACCCCAUCACCAAAGUCCACUGGCAUGCCCUCAUGGAGAUUCCCGUCGACAUCAUCGCCGAGGAGAUCACUCGCAUCGAUUGGGUGAUGUUUUCCGCCAACCGACCCCGCGACCUCCUCCGUCAUAUCUCCCUCCCCUCGCAUCAGAAAGCUGACUGCAGUCGCAAUCUCCUCCACAUCAAUCGUAAGAUUGAUCACUUUAAUCACUUGGCAGUUUGGGUCGCAAACUUCAUAUUGCUUCGGGACAAGGCCAAGCAUCGCGCCCGCAUGAUGACAAAAUUCAUUCAGCUGGCCCGGCGGCUUCGCGAGAUGAACAAUUACAGUUCGCUUGGCGCCAUCCUCGCCGCGCUCAAAUCCUCCCCUAUACACCGACUUCAGUCCUCCCGCGAUCUCGUCGACCCAAUCGACGGCCGAGUCUGGCUCAAACUCGACAUUCUAAUGGCUCCUUCACGCAGCUAUGCUGCAUAUCGACUCGCUUGGCAGAAUAGCACCUCCGAGCGCAUACCAUAUUUGCCAAUUCAUAGAAGGGAUCUGAUCACUGCCGAACAAGGGAAUCGGACUUUCCUCGACGAUGAGCCGUCUUCUCUACCAUCCCAACCGUCAUCUUCUACUGCUGAUCCGGAAUCGGCAUCGGCUUCAUUUAUGUCAUCUUCAGCGGCCUCGUUUGCGACAGCGGCAACCACACUGACCACCGCGACGGCUUCCGCGCAGGCAGCUCGUCGGAUCAACUGGAAGAAAUUCGAAAUUAUGGGCGAGACCAUCGUGGGACUGCAGGCAGCUCACGACGCUCAAUAUCGCAGCUUGGGUGGCUUCAAGGGUAACGAUCAGGUGCGCGAGCUGAUUCUCGAUGUGAAAUUGCUCCGAGACGAGGAGGAUCUUCAUGACCGAAGUGUUCAAUGUGAACCUCCUGCCAGCGCCACGGCCGAUCGCAGCGCCACCUCGUCGACCUCCACCUCGGGCAAAUUCCGAGAAUAUUUCAAAGCGAGGAUCUUCGAUUCUUCGAGAUGAUGAUAGUCAUCGACCCGACGGACGCGCACUGGCACUCAGGUGCCCGUUCAUCGUAUUGCAUUCGUGCUUACGGGAGAGGGGCUCGGCUUUCGAGUUUCCUCUUUUUUUUUUAUUGCUGUGCCUUUCUACUUUUCAAUUCGGGAACAGGUUUUGGUGGGACUUUUUGCGAAAUCGGAAAGAAUCUUUGGAAGUUGGAAUGAAAAGAAGAAUCAAGCCGAACAUGGACGAAGACGGAAAGCGCUCACGCGUUCAAUUGGGAGGAAAAAGAAAAGGGUUGGGAGAAAGGACAGAGGAGCUGUUUCUCCCGCACGAUGGAGGACAAUGACUUUUGGAUAUGACAAAAUGAUGACUUCGUUUCACGGUCUUAAUGGGACUUUCAUCGGAUAGGACACAGUACACGCAAUCAUGAUCUUCCGAUAGCGAUUGGAAUUAAUUCUUUGGGAAGAAGCCAUUGCUGAG